CAAACACCAUUAAACCUCAGAAGAAAAGGAGAAGAGUGUUUCUGGAGGUUCAAUGGCGUGCCGUCGCUUGUUUGUGUGUGUAAUCUGUGUUUUAAACGUGACAGUGUCAUGGGCUCAGAUCUACUCUGCGCUCUAUGAUGAGAAAACAUCUAAUCUGUUCCUGAAAGAGGGAUUUCAGCCGGGCUCGGUCGCAGUCGCCAACUUCACCAACGACAUCAACAACACUGGGUGGGCGUAUCUCGAGGUCAGCACCAGUGCGGUCUAUAAUGACUCUCUGCAGGCGUAUGCAGCCGGACUCGUGGAGGCUUCCGUCACCUCACAGCUGAUCUCCCAGCACUGGAUGAACACACUGAUGGGUUACUGUGAGCCGUCCGCUCGUGACGUCAGCUACUGUCAGCGGCUCAGAGACUACAUCAGCACUAACCUGCAGUGGCUCAAUCAGCAGAUGGACACGCAUGCGGACGCACCGUACUGGCAUCAGGUCCGCCUGUCUCUGCUGCAGCUGCAGGGAUUGGAGGACGGCUAUAACGGGAAGGUGGAGUUUCCCUCCGGAAGCCUCUCCAUCAACCCCUUCGGCUUCCUCCUGUUCCAGAUGGGAGGAGACCUGGAGGACCUGGAGUCUGCGCUCAACAGAUCCAGCCGGACUCGGGCCGUGGGCUCCGGCUCCUGCUCCGCUCUCAUCAAAGUGCUUCCGGGCCGCCAGGACCUGCUGGUGUCACAUGACACGUGGAACACCUACCAGUCCAUGCUGCGGAUCCUGAAGAGAUACAGCUUCGCCUACCGCACAUCUCCCACAGGAAAGAUGACUAUUCCCGGGAAAACUCAGGUGUUUUCCUCCUAUCCUGGCAGCAUUUUCUCAGGCGAUGACUUUUAUUUGCUCAGCAGUGGUUUGGUAACUCUGGAAACCACGAUUGGCAACAGUAACGCUGAGCUGUGGAGGUUUGUGCGUCCCCGCGGCGCAGUCAUGGAGUGGCUGAGGAACAUCGUGGCCAACCGGCUGGCGGACAGCGGCCCGGCGUGGGCCGACAUCUUCAGCCAAUACAACAGCGGAACGUACAACAACCAGUGGAUGGUGGUCGACUACAAGCUGUUCGUCCCGGGAAAGGGAUACACACAACUAGGGCUCUUCACAGUCCUGGAGCAGAUCCCUGGGAUGAUUGAAACGGCAGACCGAACAGAAGAGCUGUUUGAGACGGGAUACUGGGCCAGCUACAACAUCCCGUACUUCGAGGCGGUGUUCAACGCCAGUGGAGGGCCGGAGCUGGUCCAGAAGUACGGGUCCUGGUUCUCCUUCAGCCAGAGCCCCAGAGCACAGAUCUUCCGCAGGAACCAGACUCUGGUGACCGACAUCGAGUCCAUGGUGCGUCUGAUGAGGUAUAAUAACUAUCGGGAAGACCCGUUGUCCCGCUGCGACGCCUGUGACCCGGUCCAGAACGGGGAGAACUCCAUCUCUGCCCGAUCCGACCUGAACCCUGCCAACGGCUCGUACCCGUUCGGGGCCCUGCAGCAGCGGCCACACGGCGGGACCGACAUGAAGAUGACGAGCUUCGGCCUGUUCCAGCGGCUCGAGCUGUUAGCGGUCAGCGGUCCCACAUGGGAUCAGACGCCUGUGUUCCAGUGGAGCCGCUCGCCGUACGGAGACCUCCCGCACAUGGGUCAUCCGGACCGCUGGGACUUCAGCCCCGUCCACGUCACGUGGUCCACAUGAUCCUACAGCCCAUGAUGAUCAAUGUGAUGACUGUAACCUCAGGAUGAAAUCAGCCUCAGUGAUUUGAUUAUAAAAAAACUGAUAUUUUUACUAAGAGAAGUGUAAUGCAUUCUGAAAGAGAUCCUCUGAAAUGUUCUGUCUUUGAAUUUAUAAUAAAUCAAGACGUGAUUGUUCUGUUGCCUCA